UCUGGGACAUAGCCUUGGUUACUUCUCUGAAGUAUGGGCGUUGAAGUACCUUCUUCUAUUGGAAUGUUCGAAGUAUGGAGGAGACCAGACGUAGUUGCGAUGGUGGGGAGCGUUUUGUGGUACGCCUCGUACAUCGUAAUGUUGUUACUAACAGUUCGAAUGGCGACAGUAUUGAUUGAUAUGAAAGUGGUCCGCGGCUGCCAGCAACAGCGGCAACGACGCUCUCAAGGACGGAAGAAAAAAAGUGGCAGGAAGGCGAGAAAGAAAUCUACACCCUGUCGUCACCACCUGUAUAGUGGGGCCGGCCUGGCAUCCAUCUUUGCUCCAUUGCGGUCCUUAUAUGGAUGGAUUGGAAUGGCUUUAUCACGUCAUGGUCCCCGAGGAAAGUCGGGGAUGAGAGGUAAGCCUGCUAGUCAGCGGCAGUCAAUGCUGAGGAGCCACCCAAGAGCGGUUUACGAUGAUGACAGCGCAGUGGUGGACACUGACUGUGAGGGGAGCACUGGUGUAGAUGAAUAUAAGGUUAAAGCAAGUGUUGUUGGGAAUGAGGAAAGGGCGACUGAGGACCUCACUUCGAACAGUGACGUUGCCGUACAGGCUAGUAUCGAUGACAUGGACGGCUGGGUGACCGUUGGAAGGCCUUACCGACGACAACAGUCUAAUGUUUCUGAUAGUACUUCCUGUAGCAGUAGUGGUAAUACAAGAAAUGCAGCUGUUAUACUCGGCCGAUACAAUCAAGGGCCUAGGCGUCCAUCAACUGCCAUGCCGCGUCAACAAAUGACCACCACUAGCAGCAGGCUGGGAAGGUAUCCCCAGCCUCGCGGCAGUAAGCCUCCUUGUCGACGUGACAUAAGAGAGAGUCCGAAUACAAGGCCUACUGGCAGUUCAUGUGUAUAUAGGGUUAGGGAUACGACGAACAUGCCGCCAUUUGCAGAGUACUUGUCCAAGCAACUCACUCACACUGAGGAGGCUUCCAAGGCAUCAUCAGAAGAUGCGUUCCCGUGUGAUACCUAUAAUGUGGGUAAAUCUUCUUCCACAGCUGCCAGUGAGUGCCGAGCUCAGUCGAGUCGCGAGUCGCCGAUGAGCUCAUCUGACUGCUGUCAAAGUGCCGAAGUCUUGUAUCCUGAGUGGGUACAGAAGUUGAUAGAGGAUUGUGAUGAUGAUGAUAAGAAUAUAAAAGACAUUGAUGCGGUUCUUGACCAGCAACCGAAGUCGUCAAGACCGGCGGGAUUCCGCGCGGCCGCACCUGAGUUCUCUCCCGCCUUGUCAACCAUCUACUCGACAUUGCAGCCCAUAGGCAUUUGGGUCGGUCUCAACCAUCUGGCCCGCAAGAUUGGGUACGCUGCUAAAGGCAUCAUCAUCGUCGACGACGACUACCUCGUCGGUAUCGCUAGAGUGCGGGGAUAUCCAGCAACAGCAGCAGCAGCACUAUGGCAUAUACAGGAGUGGCCUGGAGGCCCAGGAGGGUUGGAGGAAGGUGUAGGAGGCUUGGAGCCUCUGGAGCUCCAAACCUGGACGUGGAACUCACCAUCAACUCGAGGCUGCUUGGUUGACAACCCGUCGGUGAUGCUGACCGGACUCCUCGAGGUUAGCGAUACGACGAACAUGCCGCCCUUCGCAGAGUACUUGUCCAAGCAACUCAAUCACACUGAGGAGGCUUCCAAGGCAUCAUCAGAUGAUGUCUUCCCGUGUGAUACCUACAAUGUGGGUAAAUCCUCUUCCACAGCUGCCAGUGAGUGCCGAGCUCAGUCGAGUCGCGAGUCGCCGAUGAGCUCAUCUGCCCGCUGUCAAAGUGCCGAAGUCUUGUAUCCUGAAUGGGUGCAGAGGUUGAUAGAAGAUUGUGAUGAUGAUGAUAAGAAUAUAAAAGACAUUGAUGCGGGUCUUGACCAGCAACCGAAGCCGUCAAGACCGGCGGAAUUCCGUGCGGCCGCACCUGAGUUCUCUCCCGCCUUGUCAACCAUCUACUCAACAUUGCAGCCCAUAGGCAUUUGGGUCGGUCUCAACCAUCUGGCCCGCAAGAUUGGGUAUGCGGCUAGGGGGUGGGAGAUGAUAUGGGACCUCGCGGACAUUGGCUGGAUUCAGCUCAGUGAUUGUGGCCUCUACUGCCGUCUGGCGGACUCAUGGGGCUCCUAUGAAGCUACUGUGGAUCCUGCCUUGUCAUCAUCAUCAUCGACGACUACCUCGUCGGUAUCGCUAGAGUGCGGGGAUAUGCAGCAACAGCAGCAACACUAUGGCAUAUACAGGAGUGGCCUCGAGGCCCAGGAGGGUUGGAGGAAGGUCUGUGAAAGGGAGGAAGAUGGUGCCGUAGCUGUAGGAGGCUUGGAGCCUCUGGAGCUCCAAACCUGGACGUGGAACUCACCAUCAACUCGAGGCUGCUUGGUUGACAAUCCGUCGGUGAUGCUGACCGGACUUCUCGAGUGAGUAUUACAGAUUCCGAUGAAUCACGUUAUCAUCAUUUCCCACCAACUCUAUUGAAGUACUAUGAUCUCGUUAUGGAGUUACUACUCACACAUAGUGUCCGUUCGUGGAUUGCCGCUGCUGCUGCUGCUAGUAGUCUACCUAUCAUCCUGUCUCUCCUUCUCUUUCAACUGUUAUGACUGCUGGACGGCAGGCAUCGUUGUCGUCGUCAGCAGCAGCAGCAGCAACAAUCAGAGAUAGGUCUCCCAUCGACUUCUCGUACGUAAGCUUAUCACCAUGAAUAUCGGUUAGUUUC